UGCAAAAACAGAAAAGAGUCUUGAUGCGUACCUUCCUCAUACCCUGAGGGAUGGUGGGAUCAGGUCGAGCAGAAGCGCUAGAAGAUUGGAGGAAACGCAGUGCUGCGUCACUUUUUUCAGCGUUGCACAUUUAACUUCCUUAUAAUUUAAACACCUGUGUUGAUGCUGGGGGUAGGAUAUUGUUUUUAAUGCUCAGCACCAGCAAAAAACCCAGUCCUCUGUCGCUCGGGUCCGUUUGGAGGAUUUAACUUUCCCCAUUCAUCUUUUGGUCUUCCUUCAGAAGAAGAGUUUCUUUUCAAACUACAAAGGAGCUAAAAUAUUUUCGAGUCAUUCUUUGGAUUUACAAGGAAGACCAAACUGGAGCAACAAUUACAGACACAAAAUGGAAAAUACUCCGGAUUAUGAUUAUGGAACACCUGGCCCUGAUAAUGGCUUGUGUCACAAGGACGACGUGGCAAAAGUUGGAUCCAUCGUUAUCCCGUUAUUCUUCAGCAUCGUGGUGUUGUUCAGUCUCAUUGGUAACAUCUUGGUUCUUGUGAUUCUCAUGCUCUAUGAGAAUCUCAAAUUGUUGACCAACAUCUACAUACUUAACCUAGCUGUGUCGGACCUGCUCUUCACAGCCGGACUGCCAUUCUGGGCUUGUUAUUACAUCUGGGGUUGGACGCUCGGAGAUGUUGCGUGUAAAACCGUCAGCUUCGUCUUCUACGCUGGAUUUUACAGCAGCAUCAUGUUCCUGAUGAUGAUGACCUUUCAGCGCUACAUGGCUGUGGUGCACCCUCUCUCAGACUGGGAAAGAGGACAUGGAUUUGCGCUGAUGCCCAUCAUUACUUGGGUAGUAAGCAUCGCUGUGGCGUUACCAGCCCCAAUCUACAACUCAGUCCAGAAUGACCCCGGAGACCCUAGUAAACUUUACUGUGAGUACAAUUCCGCUGUUGCAUAUUUGGUCAUUACAUACCAACAGAAUGUGUUUUUUCUUUUCGCCUUUUUGUUCAUGGGUUUUUGCUACACAAGAAUCCUGCAGAUCAUCUUCAGGACACGAACGAACAAGAGACACCGUUCUAUCAAACUCAUCUUCUGCAUCGUAGUCGUGUUCUUUUUCGGUUGGGCUCCUUAUAACCUGGUGAUUUUUCUGCAGACGUUUACUCAUCAUCAGAUCGAUUAUUUCACAUAUUGUAACGUCUCACAUCAUCUGGACUACGCUGAAUAUGUCUGCAAGAUGAUGGCAUUUUCUCACUGCUGCCUCAAUCCCGUGUUUUAUGUUUUCGUUGGUGUUAAAUUCAGGAAUCACUUCAAGGGGAUUCUGCAGAAGAUUUUUCAGAGGGCUCCGAACCUGGACAAGCAAUAUACACGAACUGGAACCAUUCUGUCUCACGGCUCUUUGGGCUCGAACAGCAACAACAUCAAACGCAAUUCCACAGCAGUCUGAGCAAAAGAUUUAUCCAAUGCUUAAACAGGUGGAGGUUCUGUUACAUACACUGUGCAUUGAAAAAAAUGUAAUAAUAUUAAAAAAAAGUUUAUGUCUGGAGUUUUUUCCUUUCUUAAUUGCAAGCAUGAGAUUUUAAAUAAAAGCUCGAUCUUUUUACAAUGGCGUUAGAGUAUUGUCUGGAAGAACAUGAUAAACAUGCAUGACUGAAUUUUAAAGGUAUCUGAUAAAGUAUAAGAACUCUGAGAUCUGGUUCAGAAGUUAUUCAAUCUCACGAAAUAAUACUUCUACAUCCUACUUGAUUAUUUAGUGUCGAAUAUUUUAGCACUUUGGCUAAUUUCAGCUGAGCAGAUUGUUCCUCUGUGAAUAAUAAAUCAGUAAAUAUUU